AUCAGGAUGGGGUCUACAAAUGUCAAGAUUGUCUUGGGGAGCCACUCUAUUGCACACAAUUUGAAGACAGAAUGGUUGGCCAACGAGAUGAUCGCUCAAUCCAGCAGAAUAAAUGAUCCUGCGGUGAUGGAUGUUUACGAGAUAAAUAUCAAGAAGGCACCAAGCAAAAAGGAGAUCAAACUUAGACUGCUAGAGCAGGGUAAUGCCCGUAAUGCAGCACCAUCUCGGAGAUCUGUGGCGACAUGGAUAUCUAUGGGGUUGGCAAUCGAGGAGGCUCAAAUUGCAUUGCUUGUCGAGGUCCGAAGGAUCGGAAAACAAACUACGGAGACACAGAGAUUAGACCUC